UUGCAUUUAUUUUGUAAUCAUUUCUUAAUUACAAUACCAACAAAAUGACACCUUUUAAAUUUUUGAUCCUUUUAUGUUUAUUAAUGUGUAGUUUGUUGGGAUUUGUACACAGUUUUUUACUACCUCCAUUACUCAAUACUAUGCCAGAUUUUACGAAUGAAACUGUAGCUGAAGAAGUAGCCAACUAUGCUUGUAAAAAAGAAAACUGCCUUCCUUUAAUCAAGGCGUGUCCCUACGCAUUUUUGUGCGUUAAAUUUUGCAAGCAAUAUACAGGAGACCAAUUUGGACUAAAAGCAGUUAAAACACAAAUCGGACAAGAAUUAUCAACUCCUCCAGGUCGAAAAAACCAAAUAGUAGCAAAUCGCCUUAGAAUCGGUCAUACUGCCAUCACGCAUAGCUUCAUCUUCAAAAACGAACCCAUUAGCCUUUGCGAAGAAUGUAACACUGCCCUAAGCGUAUUCCAUAUAAUUCUAGAAUGUCCAAAAUAUAAUAGAAAAAGAUCACUGCACCACAUCCCGGAUAGUUUGGAGACGGCUUUAGGCACGCAAAUUGAAAAAACCCUGGACUUCCUAAGAUCGAUAAAUAUUUUUAACAAAAUCUAA